AAUAUCCCUCCCAGCUGAAGCGCAGCGCAGCAACCCAGAGUUGAAAACCUCUCCUCUCCGCUGUAACAAACUUGGGAAACUGUUGCCAAGACCCGGAAGAAGCCGGCCGGCCGGCGUGUAGGGCCUACCGGGACCGGACGGACCCCCGUUGCCUUUACUUGCAAGAUUGCUCAACCCUGCUCCGUGCCUCGUGGGCUGGUUUACUUAUUGGCACGGCGACGGCGAUCAAGCAGAGGGGCUCCCAACUCCCGAAUAAGAUCAGAAAAACACGGAGCGGAGAGAGGAGGAUGACAUCGCUGAGCCUCACGGCGUGCCGGCAUGCUGCAGCUCGUCCGCGUGCCGGCAGGAUCACGGGCUGCGGCGGCGUCAGGGCGACACCACUCGGAUCGAGGUCACGAAAUGGUUUUGCUCCGAGCGCCUCAUCGUCGUCGUCGUCGUCGAGAGGGGUCACCACCUGCUCCCUGAAGCCGCCGCCGUCGUUCGGCGGCAAGGCGAAGGAGAAGGAGAAGAAGGUCAACCCCAACCCCAGGGACCUCUUCACCUUCUCCUACAGGUUCAACACCGACAUCCCCAUGGGCGAGACUCCAGGGGCAUCCAUCGACGAGUACCUCAUGAACAGGCCGAGGAUCGUCGGCGCCGUGUUCCCCGACAAGCGCAAGCGCACCAAGCUCAACGACGAAGAGUGGAGCGUGCAGCUGGUGCCUAUCCAGUUCCUGUUCCUGUCGGCGUGCCCGGUGAUCGCCGUCCGCUUCGUGAGCAGGUCCGGCGGGAAGGGGUACCCGCCCCACGUCCCCGUGCACGCCACCAGCCUCCUCCUCAUGGAAGUGACGGACUACGAGCUGAAGGGGCUGCAGAGGGACGCGAUGCCGUCGCACAUGGCGCUGACGGUGAGGGGCACGCUGUACCCGCAGCCGGAGGGGCGGAGGAGCCUGAGGGGCCAGGUGGAGAUGAGCGUGGGGUUCAACCUGCCGCCCGUGCUGGCGCUCGUGCCGGAGCCCAUCAUCCGGGGCGUCGGCGACACCGUGCUCCGGCAGCUGGCGGAGCAGAUGAAGCACGACUUCGACACCGGCCUCGCCGCCGACUUCAAGAAGUACCGCACCGAGAAGCUCACCGAGGGGAGGACGAAACACUGAACGCCAUUUUCCUUCUCUUCUUUUUGUUUUCCCCUGCAGGUGGCGUCAACUUGUCUCGCGAGAUCAAUAGGUUGCUAAUGUAUCGUGUUAUUCGCUGACAAGAUAAUAACUUAGGACCCAAUAGUUGUAAAUACUGUAAAUAAUGGGCACAAGAAUAUUCAGUUAUACAGAGACCGCUAAUCUCAGGAUAA